GUAUUUGGUCUGUGUGUAUUGGAAGUAUAUGUAUUGGCAGUUGUGUGUUUACAGUAAACCGAAGCAGGUCACAAGUUACGGAGACUGACGUAUCUGUACAUUACCCUAACAGGUCGGGGAUGAGGCUUCCUUGGAACCAAACCUUCCUUAUGGCUUGUAGUGUCCAGAUGAUAUAUCGUACCAAAUUAUCGAAUUAGAAGCGGAUAGCGGUCAGGGAGUGAAGCAGAAGCAUUUAUAUGGAAUAAUAGUGACAACAACCCCGUAUCAAAAUGCCACAAGUGCACAACAAGAAAUUGACGAUGAUGGCCGAUAGUAGUGCCUUCAACAAGAAUUCCAGAUUUAUGUCGACCAUGCGUAUGACUGAUGGAAGCAAGAAAAGAAUUCGCGCUUUCAAUUAUGUUGAAAACAAACUCACGCGAAUCAAACUAAAGUUCUUCGAUCGUCACGCGGAGAUUGACAUCAGGCGCAGGGAACGCGAGCGACAGGCGGUAAUGGACAGUCUGAAGCGCACGCUGGCCUACAAACUAGUGGUGGAGAAACAUAACGUGACGAAUGCGCCUGACUACCAAAAGGCGCUCAAUGACAAUUACUCCAGCACAGCGCUUCGACAUGACAUUAAGCACAUGAUACAGUACAUGGAACCAGAAAAAGUGCGCGAAAGAAAGGCUAAGGCCCUUAUCAACGAAACUCGUCAACGCUACAAUACCAUAAUCCAAAGAAACAAGAACUCAUUAGAUCUCAUUUGUCCGCCAAAGCGUACGUCUAGAUUUUUGUUCGAUGAGGAUUUACUCAACAAGAAGAAAGACGAUGAGGAGGAAUCGAGAGCCCCGUCUACGGCCGGACCCAGUGGUGCCGGAAGUAUAUUCGGUCGUCGUCGUCUGCCUUUUAAGCCAGUCCUUCCGUUGAAAAAGCAUACUGUCUCACGUUCCUUUCUUUUGGAAAAUGCCCAGAAAUCUAUGGACGUUAUGGAUGCUAACCCCUCCCCAACUAAAAGAGAUUACGACCUUCCUCCCGUCCAACUUCAUAAAACAUUGCCCCCAGAGAUAGCUGUGCAUUAAUGAGCUAGGGAGGUUCUUAUUAAGUGGUUUGUGUGGUCGAAUUUACGUAUGGUAGGGUAGUUGUCGACGUCUAUGUAGCCUCCUGGAGACACCGACUGGGUUUAAGUACACUAUUUUUGUUCUCCUUGUCUCAGAGAAUGAAUCAUCGAGUCUGAUUGCACGAUUGAUUCACACCUUCUUUUCGUAUGUUUCGCUUACAAAGGAGUGGAUUUGGUAUGAAACGGAAAUGUCAAAUGUCAUAAAAGGUAUCUGCUUCAUAUGCAGCGUGUUCAUGGUCAACGAAUUCUAUGUUAUAAUUUAUUUGUGUCUUCAUCGUUUAUGCUAUAAAACAUUGGGUAAUUAUCAAUCCUGAACUGCCUCAUAACAUUAUCAGCACUGAUACAUCGCCGGAUACCAGUCGUAUACAAUCGUAUAUACAUUCAAUAUUGAUUUGUUUAGCUAUGGACUAAUGUGUUGUUUUAAAAUCAUGUGGGGUUCCGAAAAGUAUCUAAAAUAACAUUAUAAAACAGAGAAUUGUGUUUUGUAUUUCGAAUGCUAUAUAAUUAAUAAUGUGUUUUGUAUUCCGAAGGUUGUAUAAAAUAUUUUGGUUAGGUAUUCCAAAGGUUAUAUGAAAUAAUAUUGGUUUGCAUUCCGAAGGUCAUAUAAAAUACAUUAUAAAACAGAGAAUUGUGUUUUGUAUUCCGAAGGUCAUAUAAAACAACAUUAUAAAACAGAGAAUUGUGUUUUAUACUCCGAAGGUCAUAUAAGAUAACAUUGUGUUUUGUAUUCCGAAGGUUAGAUAAAAUAGCAUUAUAAACACAGAAUGUUGUUUUGUAUUCCGAAGGUCAUAUAAAAUAACAUUAUCAAACAGAUAAUUUUAUUUUAUAUUCCGAAGGUGAUAUAAAACAACAUUAUAAAAUAAUAUUGUGUUUUGUAUUCCGAAGUGUUUUGCAUUCUGAAGGUUUUAUAAAAUAAUAUUGCGUUUUGUAUUCAGAAGGUUAUAUAAAAUAACAUUAUAAAACAGAGAAUUGUGUUUUGUAUUGAGGGCAUCACGCCCUUAUCGACUGACAUUCCGACGCCUGGAGAUUCGUACUCCGUGCGCUCCACCCACGCACUCUGUCAAAUCCGAAAGACAGUAAAACCCGUAAUCAUA